AUGUCACCUUCAUCGACCAUGGUUGCAUCCUUGAUGAACAAAGCUUUCCCCUUUAUCCCAAUGGACAAACCGUAUUUGUCAAGCAGCCUGAAGAUCAAAUCACCAAUUUUCGCCAUAUCGGAUGGUCUCAUACCAUGCGAACCGAGCCAUCCGCUAAUGAGAAGUGGAUCAUACGACGCACCCCCGCCCACCAACCCCAAAAAGCUCGCUGAAACCGUAGAUAAGCCAUGCUCUAUAUCUGGAUGCGAUGGAUAUCAGGUACACAUUGAAUGUCACGCCCGAUGUCGAGUCGAUACAGAAGUUGAUCCGGACGACCCUGAGUCUACUGCUACUUGGUCUAUCUUGCGCCAUCAAGGCAUUCACCAACAUGCAUGGCCAGACUCGAAGAAAGCGGACCCUCUGUCCAAAGAUAAGCUAAAAGAACGAAUUCUUCGUGAGCCCAAGAAAGGACCUUUGGCUUUAAAGGUGGGCCAUGCACACACUGGGACAGAACCCAUCGACAAUGGUUUGAUGAACGAUAAGAAGGACCCAGAAGGGGGGGAUAAAUGGCUUUUAUCUAUUAUACAUUGGGCAAGGCAGGGCAUGCGGAUAGUGUCAGUUUCCCUCAUGCCCGAAGACACUCACUUGUCUUUGCAGACCGAGUGGAUGGCAGAGGUUCUGGUUUAUCAAGAUAAAAAGAAACCAGAACCUUACACUGGGGGCCUUCUCUCCGACGUGACCUAUCGAUUUUUCGAAAACGGCUACCUAUUGACGACAUCGAUGUACAACGACAGAAUCGAAAGAUGGGUUCCUGUCCUGCUUACUUGGCUCCACGAACUUAGCAGCAGUCACUACAAGUCCCAUUUUAUCACAUUAUUACGACAAAUUCAACGAUCUUCACUAUCUGAGAAAGACAAGGGACUUUUAUGUGAACAAGUAGUCGACUUUUCACAAGCUCAAAAAGUGGGCUUCAUAGACGCUUAUAUGGAAGUCUUCAACGUCUACGAUCGCAAUAUUGCGCUGUCUAAGCUACACGGUUGCGAGCAACAUUUUGCUCAGUCAAUAACUCGGAUGAAGAAGAAUAGCUCGAUAGUCAAGCCACAUUUACAGGGACUUUGGGUAUCUAAAUGUAAAGCAUUGCUUUUACCAGAUGAACCUGGUAAAGACCUCGACUCAAGAUUUGAUGAGUUGAGCCGGCUUUUUCCAAAUGCGAAGAGAUGGAUUCACUGGUGGUCACCGGCCGACACUCAAGCUAUGCUUUUCCCCGCUCGGAAACGUAUGGAACUCGAUGAUCCUCCCUUGGAUGGAGAAGAAGAUGAUGCGAAGGACUCUCAAUCUAAAGGAAAGCGUGGCAAGAAGAGGAAACCCCGACGUAGAGAUGAUCUACCAGCGACUACGAACGCGCAGGAGUCAAUGCACCGCGUAUAUUAUAUGCUCUGUGAGGGAAAAUGUGGAUUCAUUGAAGGUAUGGUUCAGUUGUUAGCCUUGUCUCAAAGUCUUGAGCGAGAUUAUCGGGCGGGGAGAAAGGGUGUUUCAAUUGCUUACGGCACGUCUAACAAAAAUUGGGAAGAUGUCGUUGAAACGAUGGGUAUGGCCAGACCAACCAAACGCAAAUACCAACCCAACGACGGGCGUGCACCCGAUACGACAGAGGAACUCCUUGACGAUGCUAAAACUGGUUCGAAAAGAAGAAAAGUCAGUAAACCCCAUCAAGGACCUGGUCGACCAAAGGGAUCUCAAAAUAUCAUUCGACAUUCAUUAACAACUUAUCAGUCUUAUACGAAAGGUGUUACUAAAGGUACCACAAACCGAUGCUGGCAAUCGUCAACUCUUGAAUGCCUUUAUGCUAUGUUUGGCCCUUUAUGGGGUCAAUUUUCAACAGUCAACGGUUCCAACUUAUUUGCGGUAUUAAUGCGACAUUUCACCAAGCGUUGCGACGCGGAACUCAAUCAACAAAGUAUCAGAUAUGUCCUAUCACGAGGUCAGACUCUUUUGCAUCAAGCAAUCCUAGAGAUGGACGAUUUUGCCAAAGCAGCAUUCAAAUUAGAUCAACAUGCCUCUGCUGACGGGUUUAUGCACCGGCUAUUCCAGGAUCACACACCCUCCAGACCAUCCCUUGCUCCUCUCUUUUCGAUUCCAGUUAUCAAGAGGGAAGUAUGUAGUCAUGACAAUGAACAUCUUGCGAGAGUCACUAACGAUUCUAGGACGGCUCUACAUGUACCCACCUCAUUGUUUAGAGAUGCUGCACUUGGAUAUGAAGACACCGCCCUAUUGUUAGCCAGAUGGUCCACCGACGGUCUCCUUUAUCAAACCGGCCGUAUUUGUCACCAAUGUCAUCCAAUAGACGGGCCACAACCCAAACCAGGCGAGGAGGUUGGUAUGAUGUAUAAGUAUAUCAAACUGGAUCUCACAGACGCUACAGUGGCGCCUCUCCACUUAUAUUUUCAUUUAGAUGGAGUUGUAGAAUUAGAUGCGGCAGAGCGUAGCAAUUUCAUGGAUCAUACCGAUUGGCCAGCAAAAUUUUCAAUUGGCGAAGUGGAAUAUCACAUAGUUACCCGGGGAUUUUGGGCAGGUGCACAUUAUUGGUGUAAAGUGGCGCGUUCAGUAGAGGGUAUAAUGGGAGUUUGGCUUUAUGACGAGCUCAGAAAUGGUGGUUUUGCACAACUAAUCGAGCGAGAUGUGACGCUCUUGGCUGGGUGCAACCAUCACACCUCCUGGGAAAUGCCAUUUGGUGGUGGCCUGCCUGCUCUCAAAGAAAAGGAAAGUGAUACUGAAGAUAUUCAAUCUCCAAAUGGUCUUGAGGUAUCGGAUUCUGAAAUUGUUGGCAACCAAGGUAAUCCUCCCAUCAAGAUUAAAUUUAAGAUACCGAUGUCACCAAGUAAAGAUGUUACAACUGUUAAACCUGGAAAGUCAAACAAACGCAAAGCUGCUACCGAGAAACAGAAGGCUGCUGAUGAUGAGAUCACGCUUAAACCUUCCGCUGAAGAAAAGCGCAAGUGUGCAGCCGAAAAACGCAAGGCAGCAGCAGCAAAACGUGCAACAUCAAAGAAGGCUAAGGGUAAAUAG